UGCUUGGAAUGUGGGAAGAGCUUCAGGAAGAGUACCAACCUCCUCACCCACCAGCGCAUCCACACUGGGGAAUGUCGUUACAGGUGUGGGGCAUGUGGGAAGAGCUUCAGGGACAGGUCCACCGUCCUCACCCACCAGCGCAUCCACACUGGAGAACGGCCCUACAAGUGUAUGGAAUGUGGGAAGAGGUUUCAGACCAGCUCUCAUCUCCUCAGACAUGAGCGGACGCACACGGAUGAGAGGCCCUUCCGCUGCACUGACUGCGGGAAGGGCUUCAAACUGAACUCCCACCUUGUCAGGCACCGUUGCAUCCACACCGGGGAGAGGCCCUACAAGUGUGGGGAGUGUGGGAAGAGCUUCACCCAGAGCUCUACCUUGACCUCGCACCAACGGAUCCACACAGGGAAAUGGCCCUACAUGUGUAGGGAAUGUGGGAAGAGCUUCAGAGACAGCUCUGAUCUCCUCAGCCACCAGCGCACCCACAGUGGAGAAUGGCCCUACACAUGUGAGGAGUGUGGGAAGAGCUUCAGUGACAGCUCCCACCUCCGCACCCACCAGCACAUCCACACUGGGGAACAGCCCUACACGUGUGGGGAAUGUGGGAAGAGCUUCAGGCAGAGCUCCACCCUCCGCUCCCACCAGCGCAUCCACACUGGAGAACGGCCCUACAAGUGCUUGGAAUGUGGGAAGAGGUUUAGCACCAGCUCCAAUCUCUGCACGCAUGAGCGGACACACACGGAUGAGAGGCCCUUCCGCUGCACCGACUGCGGGAAGGGCUUCAACGAGAACUCCACCCUCGUCCGGCACCGGCGCAUCCACACCGGGGAAAGGCCCUACACUUGUAGGGAGUGUGGGAAGAGCUUUACCCAGAGCUCUACUUUGACCUCACACCAACAGACCCACCUGUGA